AUGCCUACUGCUACACGCUCUCUCGAAACGAUGGUCCUACAGGCACACCGUGCGAAGGGUGUACGCUACCCAACAGCAUCUCAGAAAGAAUGUUUCAAGACUUGGUACUCGUACGCCCUUCGUCAAGGCGAGGUUACUAAGACUUCUCCGAAAGUCAUCGAGGAGCACGCGAAGCACCUCAAAGAGAUCAAGGAAGCCGCGCCAGCUGACUGGAACAAAAAGUUCGACUCACAGGUGUCUCACUCAUGUUCGCGCAAAUGCAACGAGCAGCCUUUCGUAUUCUGCAGCCUCAAACUGGCAGAUCAAAUCGCUCGAUCAUUAAUUCCUGAUCCACAGAUCUUACUUUUCCUUCUUCAAACCCUUCCUUGUUACUGGAAGACGUCUUAUAAUUUUCAUUUCUGGUAG